AUGGCUCCCUUUGGAAGAAACUUGCUCAAGACUCGGCAUAAAAAUAGAUCUCCAACUAAAGACAUGGAUUCGGAAGAGAAGGAAAUUGUGGUUUGGGUUUGCCAAGAAGAGAAGAUUGUCUCUGGUUUAACUAAACGUACCACCUCGGCUGAUGUCAUUCAGGCUUUGCUUGAAGAACACGAGACUACAUUUGGGGAGAAACGAUUCCUCCUGGGGAAGCCCAAUGAUUAUUGCAUCAUAGAAAAGUGGAGGGGCUCCGAACGGGUUCUCCCGCCACUAACUAGGAUCCUGAAGCUCUGGAAGGCAUGGGGAGAUGAGCAGCCCAAUAUGCAAUUCGUUUUGGUGAAAGCCGAUGCUUUUCUACCAGUUCCCUUGUGGCGGACAGCUGAAGCCAAAUUAAUACAAAACACGGAAAAACUGUGGGAGCUCAGCCCUGCAAACUACAUGAAGACAUUGCCACCAGAUAAGCAAAAAAGAAUAGUCAGAAAAACCUUCCGGAAACUGGCUAAAAUUAAUAAGCAGGACACAGUUUCCCAUGAUCGAGAGAGUAUGGAGACCUUAGUUCAUUUGAUUAUUUCCCAGGACCAUACUAUCCAUCAGCAAGUCAAGAGAAUGAAAGAACUGGAUCUGGAAAUUGAAAAGUGUGAAGCUAAGUUCCACCUUGAGCGGGUGGAAAGUAAUGGAGAAAAUUAUGUCCAGGAUGCCUAUUUAGUGCCCAGUUUCAGUGACGUGGAACAAAAGCUAGACUUGCAGCUUGGUGAAAGCCAGAUUCUGGAGGACCUGAGCAAAAGUGACGGAAUCCUGCAGCUGGAGGAGCAGCUAGUCUAUUACAGAAUGCUGAUUGAUAAGCUCUCCGCUGAAAUCGAAAAAGAGGUGAAAAGGGUUUGCUCUGAGAUCUAUGAAGACGUGGGAGGGGCAGCUGCGAGUGAACUUGAAAGCCUAAACUUAGAAAGUGUUAAGUGUGAUUUGGAGAAAAGCAUGAAAGCUGGCUUGAAAAUCCACUCUCACUUGAGUGGCAUCCAGAAAGAGAUUAAGUACAGUGACUCAUUGCUUCAAAUGAAAGCAAAAGAAUAUGAGCUCCUGGCCAAGGAGUUCAGUUCAGUUCAUAUUAGCAGCACAGAUGGAAGCCAGUUAAAGGAAAGCAGAGGGAAGGAGUCCGAGGCCCCCAGCAGUGGCGGGGAGGGUCUGCCUUCUACUCAGAGACUAUUGAAUGUGUACACAAACGACACAGACUCGGACACUGGCAUCAGCUCCAAUCACAGUCAGGACUCGGAAACAGCCGUGGCUGAUGUGGUGCUGCUGUCAACGUAA